UUUUGCCCAAUGGGACGCGCGGGUUGGCGGGAGACGUCGACCGGGUGUUGGUGUUUCGACCAGUCGGUUGAUAAACGUCUGUCAAGUGUAUCGAGUAUACCAUUUUAUAACAGAUUUGUACCAGUUUUAAGAAAAAUUGUGAGUGAUAAUAUAUUUGGGCCCUAAAACUGCAAGGCAAGUAGGGGUACUUAGAUACAUUAUGGAUAACGAUAACAUACCUUUAUAUACGGAAACCUGCCCUCAACCUAAGAUCGUCACCAGACAUAUGGACGAUAAUCAUUCCGACGGAAUUAUUUUAGCAAACCAGAAUCAAUCUCCGCCACCAAUAAAUGUCCCGGUAUCGUUGGGUCCUACUAACACAGUGACCAUAUGUCAGUACUGCCAUGCAUCCGUACGCACGUCAGUACGUCACACGGUCACCAAUCGUACUCAUAUGACCGCUAUACUUUGCUGGAUAUGUUGCUGCUGUUGUCUUCCAUAUUGCAUGAACUCGACCAAAAAUUGUGACCACUACUGUCCAAAUUGUAAUAAAUUCCUUGGCACUUAUGAGAAGUGAAUUAAUUUUCGUCUGGUGAUAACGGCCGAUGUUUUUAUUAAGUACUGACUUUAUUAAUCGUGUCUACUUUUUUUUAUAUAUCUUUUUAGAUUAUAGGUUUCAGUAAGCAAUUAACACGCAUAGCAUUGAUUCUUGUCAUUUUAAACAAUUUAUCAUAAUGUUUAUUUAAAAUUAUGAUAUACUUUAAUCAUGUAGGUACGGCAGUUGACAAGAAAUAAAACACAUUUUAUUUUGUACAGAUUUUUUUUAUUGUACCUAUCUAUAUACAAGAAUAUAAUACUUGGAGAAUA